AUGUAUUAAACAAUAGAUUUUGUAAAGCAGGUCUAUUCAUCACUCAAAAACUCAAUUAAGUGGUAAACUCAGCUGGAUGAAUUCGAUAUCGUCAUAUUUGGGUUCUUGAUUACAUUUAUUUUGCAUUUCAUCCUAAAUCGCAUCAGAUUGCCAAGUAGAGACUACAAUCAAAGCCAUUGGUCAUUUUUUAAAUCGUAGUUAUUUAUGAGCUUAAUAAAUUAUUGUCCUGGAGUCUCAUCAUUUUUGGAAAAAAAGAAAGAAGAAGCACUCAAAUCUUUUUCACACUCUCUUGAUAAACACACCACCAAUAAAACAUUUAAGAUACCAGAAAACGGUAUGGGUUAUGAUAAAAUAAAUGACAGGUUGAAGAGUUGGAUUGAACGUGAUAGUAAGAAUUAUUACAGUGGUAAAGUAUCUGGAUCCCUUUAUGUUCACAAAGAUGAGAAAUUUAUUGAAGAAUGUUAGGAAUUCACUAAGAAUUUCUUAUAUUCCAAUCCUAUGCAUGCUGAUUUAUGGCCAGCAUCAAGACAAUUGGAAGCAGAAGUAAUAAAGAUGACAGGAGAAUUAUUUGGUUAGGAAAAGGAGAGCAUUGGAAUGCUAACUACAGGUGGCACUGAAUCAAUAUUGUUAGCCAUUCUGGCCUAUCGCAAUUGGGGAGAAGCAGAAAAAGGCAUCACUUAACCAAAUAUGGUGAUUCCAGAAACAGCACAUGCAGCAUUUUAUAAGGCAGCAGAGUACUUUAAGGUUCAAGUGAGAACAGCUAAAGUUAAUUAAAAAACAUUUAGUGUUGAUCUUAAGGAUCUUAAAAGCCAUAUCAAUUCUAAUACAAUCUGUAUUGUUGGAUCAAUGCCCAACUUCCCAUAUGGAACAUAAGACCCAAUUGAAGAAUUAGCUGCUAUUGCUAAGAAGAAGAAGGUAGGUUUUCACGUUGAUGCUUGUUUGGGUGGAUUCAUUGUGGCAUUUGCCAAAGAAAUGAAUUACGGAAAGUUUGAUUUCACUUUAGAUGGUGUUACCAGUAUUUCUUGCGAUCAACACAAACAUGGAUUAGCACCAAAAGGUGUUUCAACAGUUUUAUUUAAAACCCGUUAAUUGAGACAGUAUGCAUUCUUUUCUACAGCCACAUGGUCAGGUGGUGCUUAUGCAGUGCCAACAACUUAAGGUUCUAAAACAGGAAUUGGAGCUGCUGGAGCCUGGUUUACUAUGUUAGCCAUAGGUAGAAAGAGAUAUGCUGAAUUGAGUAAAUAAAUUAUCAAUGCUACAAUUUAAUUGGCCAAAUAAAUCAAUGAAAUACCAGAAUUAGAAGUGUGUGGUCAACCAAGAAUCAAUUGUGUUUGUUUUAAAAGCAAGGGAAACAUUAAUGUCUAUUCAAUUCAUCAAAUCCUUACUUCCAAAGGGUGGAACCUCAAUACAACUCAGAAUCCAAAUGGAAUACAUAUUAGUGUUACACAAUAGAAUAUUCAAAAUCUAAAGCAGUUUGUUUAAGAGAUUAAAGAAGCAAUUUAAGAAAUCAAAGCUAAUCCAUCACAAUACAAAAAGGGAGGUGAUAUGGGUGCAUUGUAUGGAACGACACAAAAAAUACCUGACUCUAAGUUUGCAGGAAAUGCCCUUAAAUUGUAUUUGGACUCCGUACUCAAAUUAUGAGAGAGUAGAUCUGAGUUUAAUAAUAAUAAUAUGCAAAAAAACACAAUAUAUUUAAUAUCAUGCGGAAA